GUGCAGAGUCACGUGACCCUGGGCGAUACCACAUGACUCCUGCGUUAUGGCAGCUCCCCUGUAGCCCGGUCUGUAGUCCUGCGGGGGGCCCGGCAGUGGCCCAUAGAAGCGGUCACAGAGAAGUUACAGGCCGCCGGGGCAGACGGCACACGCCGGCCGCAGUGCAAUUCUCACGUCUGUUGCACGGAACGUCUGAACAAGGAACCUGCGUCCGUUCCGCCAUGUUUCCGGUCGGCUCCUUUUCGAUGUAGCACAGCGGCGGGCGGAGCGCUUUCCCGGUGACCCUGCUGCGGCUGUCAAGGGCCGAGCUCCGGUUCAUCAUGGCGACGGUGGAGGAGGGCGGAUGGACGUACUGAUGACAGUCCGUAAGAUCGCCUCGAUCUGUACGAUGGGCACCAAUGCCUCAACAUUGGAAAAAGAAAUCGGCCCAGAGCAAUUUCCUAUGUAAAUGUAGACGAUAUGUCAGACUGACAAAGCGGUGGGGAUAUCCUCGGGACCUAACAUUCAGAAGAUUGCCCAGUUACUGCAGAUAAAUCACUGAACAGUGGGGGUGAACACAGAAGGCUUGCAGGAGAAUUUCGGCAACACUUGCUACUGCAACUCUGUUCUACAAGCACUUUAUUUUUGUCGUCCGUUUCGGGAAAAAGUUCUGGCAUACAAGGUCCAGCCACGGAAGAAGGAAAGCUUACUCACAUGCUUGGCGGACCUGUUUAACAGCAUUGCCACCCAAAAGAAGAAAGUGGGGGUCAUACCUCCCAAGAAAUUCAUCUCCAGAUUGAGGAAAGAAAAUGAACUGUUUGACAACUACAUGCAACAGGAUGCCCAUGAGUUCUUAAACUACCUUCUCAACACUAUUGCUGACCUGCUGCAAGAAGAAAAGAAACAGGAGAACCAGAAUGGCAAGCUGCAGAACGGGAGCUUAGAUCUUCAGGAGCCCGAUAAGCCCGACCUCACCUGGGUUCAUGAGAUCUUCCAGGGGACUUUAACCAAUGAAACCAGAUGUCUUAACUGUGAAACUGUUAGUAGCAAAGAUGAAGAUUUCUUGGAUCUCUCAGUGGAUGUGGAGCAGAAUACUUCCAUUACACACUGCUUAAGGGGGUUCAGUAAUACAGAAACACUAUGCAGUGAAUACAAAUAUUACUGUGAGCAGUGUCGAAGCAAACAGGAAGGACAGAAGAGGAUGAGAGUGAAGAAGUUGCCUAUGAUAUUAGCCCUGCACUUGAAACGGUUUAAGUACAUGGACCAGCUGCACCGAUAUACCAAACUUUCCUACCGCGUGGUGUUUCCACUUGAGCUUCGGCUCUUCAACACUUCCGGGGAUGCCACUAACCCUGAGCGAAUGUAUGACCUCGUAGCGGUGGUUGUUCACUGUGGGAGUGGCCCAAACCGUGGACACUACAUCACCAUUGUAAAGAGUCAUGGAUUCUGGCUGCUGUUUGAUGAUGACAUUGUAGAGGUAAAAAUUGACGCCCAAGCCAUUGAAGAGUUCUACGGUUUAACAUCAGACAUUUCCAAAAACUCUGAAUCGGGAUAUAUCCUGUUCUACCAAUCAAGAGACUAAAUCCCAUGGUUGGGUUAAAGUAAAUUCCUAUUUGUGAACUGUUGGACAGUGAAUAAGGGAUCAAAGUCCUGUAUUGACUACAGAGGAGAUGCUCAUGACUGCUGCCACAAAUAUCUGCUUUCAGUUCCCGGAUGGACCGUUUCACAUUCAGCUCUUAUUGCUAUCAGCCGUACAAAGUGGAUCUUUUGCAAUAAGCCACUUCAGUCUGUUUUCUCAUAAGCAGGUGCAGGUUUUUCCAUUUUCCUAAAAAGUUGUAUACUGAAGUGACCCUUGAAAGAACAGGGACCACCGCUGAGACUUAAUCUAAGAAGAUAGCACUUUGUAAGACAGAUCAGCUGUGGUUUGGUGCUCAGUUCAUCAAAUGUUUUAACAUUUGAGAAAUCUGAUUUCAUUAGCAAUCCUUAAAUCAUAUUACGUACAUAUCCUAUAACCACGACUGUACCUGCACCUUCUUCGGUGUUUCCUACCUUCCAUUUUUUUGCUUUAACACUCCUUGUAGUGAGUGUUAAGAGGCUGCUGUUCUGCACACUAAGUAAUGGGAUCACUUGUUAUCUUUUAUUUUUGUUAUUUAAUUUUUCUUUCAAUGUCUUUUGGAAUAUUAGCACCUUUUCUAAUUGUUCAAGUUGGCCUCUGAAAAUACUACUGCAGAGAUGGGUAUAGUCUGAAGAGAGGGCAAAACUUUUGGAAAGUUUCUGUCUGCAAUCAUGAACUCUUUUCAGGAUCUGGUCACAAGCUGCGAUAAAUAUAGUGGUUUGCCAGGGUAACUUACCUAGUUUUGAGCCAGUUUAUUGCAUCUGUCAUUUGGUCCUGAAAAGUGUUUACUGCUGGAUUCCAGAGUCCUUGCUCUCUAGGCUUUUUGCUAUUGUUUUCCAAAAAACUCAGUUAUAAGAGGUGAUGAAGGUUUAUAGUGUAAAAUCCCAUAAAUAAAGUAACCCAUUUAUCCUUA